GGGGGUGGAUAAUGGUGAUGGCGAGCUUCACAGUAACCCCCAACUCAAUUUCAUCCUCCCUCCUCCGCCUUCAGUCUUCAGUGCCAUCGCAGAUUUCCCCACUUUUACCGAGUUAUCAGCAACAAUUGGGUGGUAGUUGCCGCAGAAGCAGAGGUUCAUUGGUGGUGACACGAGGGGGACCACCAGGAACCAGCACUUACAUCUUCGCAUUCGUCUUUCCACUUUCUCUCCUUGCUGUAACAAUCUUCACUGCCAUCAGAAUCUCUGACAAACUCGACAAAGACUUCUACGAGGAGAUGGCAGUUAAUCAAUCAAUAUUAGAAGCGGAGGAUGAGGAUGAAGAUGUUUCAACUCCAACCAAUGAAGAGCCUCCUCGUCCACGAACUCGCAACCGGCCCAAACGAGAAGCUGAGGCUCCAGGAAGGUAGUUUCUUUUAGGCAGGACAAACAGAUUGGUGUUUUACAAAAUUGAAUUCACGCUGUUAAUCUUCAUUACUCUGAUAUUAUGCUUGAUUCAACAUAAUCUUGUAAUCUAAGUCCAAUUAUAUGUAUAGUUCUGUGAUUAAGAACUUGUGGAAAUAUUUUAAACAUGUCAUGCAGAAGUCUCUUCUGGUGCUCUCUUUUGGUACACUGUUUAAUAGUACUAAAGAACUUUAUCCUAAUUUGAGA